GCUGGGGGAAAUCUAGCUCGAGGACUUUUGAGUGACGUGAUGAGCCCGGAGCGCGCUCUGAGGCGCGUGACUCGUUCCUGUUAGCAUAUCGUUUCACCGGGAGACAAGAGACAAAGGACAGCAGCUCCAAACCAUCCACCUGCUCUGUUUUUAACGUUGUGAAUGUACGUUAGCGCGGUAGAGACAGUAAUAGCUUGUAGCUGGGGGUUGAAAUAAGUGGAGGAACUGGUGAGGAGCGGAUCGAGCGCACCGUAUCUAUAAGCAUGGCCAGGAGGAAGCAGCGAGCACCCAAGCGCGCACCAGCUUAUGAUUCAGAGGAUCUUGAAGGACCUGCCAGGCAGAAUGUGGACUUUGCAAAGGAAGAUUCAACAACCACAACGAAACCACUGGGUAACAACAACUUCAGGAAGGACUAUGUCUUCCAAAAAUCAGAGGACGAACACUGCUCCACUACUGCUGAGUUUUCUGAGACUGACAGUGAAUUACACAUUAAUGAGGCAAAUGAACCCAUGUCAGAUGUUGAAAGCAGCUCAAUUAAUAAUAAAGACAAACCAAUGAAAGACUGUCUUAAUGAGGGAUCUGAGAAAUCAGUGUGUGGUUCAGAUAGUCUGGAACAGAUAAAAGCCAUUUAUAAUGGUUUUCUCUCUAAUUCCUUUUGGUCUUCACCAAGUCUUAAUCCUUCUCAGUCAUGUACAGAGAAACGAAGUGAGACAAGCAGCAGCAGCAGCAGCCCUGGGGGUAAUUGCUAUGACUGGCACCAGUCUGCAGUUGCAAAGACCUUGCAGCAGGUUUCUGAAAAACAGCAUCAUUCACAAAGGGAAACUAAUCUUUUCAGCACUGUUCAGCUCUACCGCCAAAGUGCUAGGGUGUAUGGGUCCAUCUUUAGUGGGGCAAGCAAGUUUCAUUGCAAAAGCUGUAGUGCAUCUUAUGAUACACUGGUUGAUCUUACAGUUCACAUGAAUGAUACAGGCCACUACCGAGAUGACAACCAUGAGAAGGCUGAAAAGGGGGCCAAGAGCUGGUCCAAGCCACGCAAACGAUCUUUAAUGGAAAUGGAGGGUAAGGAGGAUGCUCAGAAGGUACUGCGCUGUAUGUAUUGUGGUCACUCUUUUGAAUCCUUGCAAGACCUCAGUGUACAUAUGAUCAAGACCAAACACUACCAAAAAGUGCCUCUGAAGGAACCUGGAACAUCGAUUGCGGCUGUUAAAGUUAUAUCAUCUUUGAGAAAGAGAGUACCUGUGGAUAUAGGUAUAACUAAGUUGAAUGCCACUGAUCAAAAAGCAUCUUCUGGUGGAAGCACAGUAAAUGUUAGUCUUCCCAAUGUUUCUGAUGUUAAUAAGAAGGACAGUGUCAUGGACCAUAAAGGUAUGAGCAGCACUGCACAUAUUAAGUCACAGAUUUUAAGCUGUAUAGAGUGUGGACAAUCGUUUGAGUCUUUACAGCAGUUAAGUGCUCAUAUUAUGCAGACAGGUCACUUUAUUAAAGCCAGUCAGACUCUCCAAAAAAAGGACAAAUGCUUUUCCGAACAAAUUUCCUUGCCUGGGAGAAGUAAAAUGAAAAAGGAGAAGACACCAAUAGAGAAGCAAGGUUCCCCUACAUCUUCACCAAAUGGAACCACUAAAUCACCACAUGCAACUCCUCCUCUUAAAAAGUCAAAAAUUGAAAGAAACAUCUUCCUAAAGGAAAUGCAUUGUGAAGAACCAGAAAAAUACAACAAUGUAGAUGAUCAGUACAGUAUUCCUUCAACAUUUGAUUAUCUUACUGAGGAGGACCUGAAGGAAAGUCCAAAAAUGAACCUAGAUAUUCUCAAGUCUCUGGAAAGCACUGUUACUUCUGCCAUUAACAAAGCACAGAAGGGCACUCCCAGCUGGGGAGGAUAUCAGAGCAUUCAUGCUGCUUAUCAGUUCCAGAAUAACAUGAAGCCUUCUCUCUACAACUCCUCCAUACAACAACUGGUGAACAGUGUGGAAGUUCCAUGCACCGACAAAGGUGAACUCUCUUCCAGCCCUCAACGUAGAGCUCCUUCACCCAAAGUAAACCUGCAUGCUAUGGAGGAAUUGGUGAAGAAAGUAACACAGAACAUUGCUGAGGAAACAAGAAAGGAUAAAGAUGAACAAGUUUCCUUAGCAAGGCAUUUUAUUACCACCUCAACUAUAAGCGCAGACAGGAAAUCAGCAGAGCAACAUGACACAGUAAAGAUCAAAGGUAACAAGAUUACUGUCUCUGAGAAUAAUACAAGUGAGAGGGAAUCAAAAAAAUGUAACGAGUCUUUAGCUUUUUGUGACGACAGCGCCGUAAUAACUGUUCACCCAGAGCCAAAACAACCAUUUGUUAGUCCUUUAAAUGCCCUUCAGUCAGUCAUGAAUCUUCAUUUAGGUAAAGCAGCCAAUCCUGUGAAGCCAGUUAAGGAUCCCAUGAAUAUGCUUCUAAAGAUGAGCAACAGCAUGGCAGAAAGGGCUGCGGUAGCUUCAGCUCCGAUAUCCACCUCAAAACCAGAGCCAUUACAUCCAGAAAUCUGCCAGAUUGACAAAGACCAACCUAUAGAUUUAUCCAAAGGCAAAAGGAACCAGUGUUUAGUUACUGCUUCUCUCCCAGGGAAAGUGUUAAACUCUCUUCCUGCUAUGACCAAGACUGAUUUAACUGAUACAAUAAAGUGCACUCCAGUCAGCCCAGUGCAUGAGAGUGCACUCUCAGACAUAUCAGACAUGUUACGGAAUUUGUCAGACACUCAUGCCUUAAAGUCGCAGACUUCAUCCCAUAAAGCAGUAAGUUCAUGUAUUAACGAGACUCACAUGCCAAACGCAGGAGAUGAUGCAUCUAUGCUGUACAAACGCAAGGGUAGGCAGUCGCAGUGGAAUCCUCAACACUUGUUAAUUCUGCAAGCCCAGUUCUCAUCCUGCCUCAGAAAGACAACUGAUGGGAAGUACAUCAUAUCAGACUUGAGUCCUCAAGAAAGAAUGGUCAUCUCACAUGUCACAGGUCUUUCCAUGACAACCAUCAGCCACUGGCUAGCUAAUGUGAAAUACCAGCUGAGGCGCACAGGCAGGACCAAGUUUUUGAAAAACGUUGACUCUGGUCACCCUGUUUUCUUCUGCAGUGAAUGUGCCACCCAAAUCCAAACACGUUCAACAUACAUCUCUCACCUUGAGUCACAUCUUGGCUUUAGAUUACAGGACUUGGCUAAGUUGUCCUGUAAAAAUCCCAACAAGACAAUUGCAAAGCAUUCAAAGAACAUUUUGGAUCAAACUGUUCUGUCAUUCCUAUGAUCUGCUGAAGGUUCCAGGUAGCUGUCCUGAGUGUAUACACCGUGCUAUUGGUCUUAAUUAGCAGCUCAGAAAACAUUUCAUGUAGUGAUAGGAAUUUAUAAAAACUGAAACAUUGAAUAUUAUUGUGUAAUUGUUGUACAGGAUGUGUAUUGUAUGUUAAUAAAAAAUACAAAAGAGUAUAUUAUCAUAAUAUGUACAUUAACAUCAUAAAUAAAAUAAAUAUCUGGUAGAAAUUAUUCUUCAAACGAUUUGUAUAUGAUAAUCACACAGUUCCUAAGAAGAUUAUAUAGAAGAUAGAUAGAUACAUGAUGCCUUUUUUUUGGUUUUCUUAAUACUGAUGAGGUUAUACAGUUCAAGUAAGUGACUUGUUGUAAGUUGUUCAUUUGUACAGGGCUAGUUUAAUAAUUUUCAUAAUGACUCAUUAAUCAUAUUAUUUAUUUGAAACUCUUUCCUGUGGUUUAAAUCUGUUUGUAUUUGUUUCUACAUAAAAUCAGUAUUAUUUUCAUAGGUUUGUUAGGUAGUUUACAAUUUUAUACAGCACACAGACCCAUUGCAAUUUGAUGACCAUAGAACUAAAAUAUUAAUAUACGAUCAACACUUACCACCCACUUAGGAACAGUUUUACACCUGCUCAUUUAUACAUUAUACACCUUACAUAUAAAUAAGCAGGUGUACAGGUGUUCCCUACAACACCAUUAAAGUGUUGGGUGGGUGCAUAAUAUAUGGUAUUGUUUAUAAUAUAAAGAAUAAUAUAUUGCAAAUAUUACUGGCUUUUGUAAGAUGACUAGUCUUACUGUAAGUUUACUUUAAUGAUUAUGUGAUUUCAGUAAAAAAAAACAACAACUAUUCACUAUUAUGGUUUUUCUUACAGUAUAUAUUUUUAUAAUGUAAAACAUCUGCAUUUUAGUAAAGUAAAAUAUCUAACUAUUUAUUUAGCUUUUUUUCUAGGAGCCAUUUCUGAUAAUAAUGCAUUUCCCAUAAUUACAAAUCUCUUUUCACCUUAAAGGUAUUAUUUAAUGUAAAACCAUUUCCCUAUGGUGCAUUUUACUGUAAAUACUCUCUGUUUGUCCACAUAAACACAUACACUAUGCAAUAAUUUCCCCAGUGUUAGUAUAAAAGACAUAUAUGGCCAUGGACUAAGUGUGGUCUUCAAGUGUGUAUAUAUCACAGCAGUAUUUACAGCUAGACAUUGACAAAAAUAUCUGCGAUAUUGCAAUACAACACAUUAAUGGUACUAUAGUUACAAAUGUAUUAUCCUGUUGAAACAUCUGUUGAAUAAUCUUAAUUAAUUACAUCUAUUAUUAUUUUGCACAUUAUUUGCUUUACAUGGUUUCAAAAUGAGCCGCAAAGUAUUGGCCAUACAGCACUUAAAUGUCAGAAGCCUUUCUGGUUAAUUUGGUUUGACCAACUGUGUCACUUAUUCUUUUAUGUUUUUGUUGCUUUGUUUUAAUCCCUAUGAUAAAAAAUAGAGAUAUAAAAAGAAAGAGAAGUGCCUAUUGUCUAUGUAUUUCUGUCACCACUUUGAUGAAUAUCAUCUAAAUUGCUUUGUGUAUUUGAGGGAUUUGGAUGUCAAUCUAAUUCGAGAGUGUAUGUUGACGACAGCGGCUCCAGAUAAUGAGAAGAAAGCUGGCUUUGACAGCGUGAUGAGCUUCAAACCGAUCAGAUCAAGUUUGAACAAGGAUUUUUACAGAAAUGCCUAUCAAAUAGCUGGAGCUGAAAAACAGUUUAUUCAAAACAUUAUUCAGAAAAAAAUAUUAGGGAAAUUGAACGAUUUGUUAAUCGUUUCUGACGCUUUCAUCCACAACGCAGUGUAAUAUCACAGAUAAUAUGUGCUUCUUGCGUAAGUUGAUGUGCACAGCUUUAAAUUCCUGUAAUAUAAUCUAUGUUUCUGUUAAAUAUUUUUUAUGGAC